AUGGUGGUGGGUCUUCCGGACUCUGACGGAAGGCUUAAGAAAGAGCGCUCUGCGGGGAGUAAUCUUCGCACUAUGAGUCCGCCCAUACAAAGGGCGGCCGAUGGCAAGCCACAACGCCGUCGAGGGAAGAAGCACCUAGCCCUUCCCGCCCCCGGGCCCCAACAGGGCGAGCCAGCCCGUCUUGUCCCUGUUGGGGAGGUUCAAAGGGAUUCGCCACCCCUGAAGGACCCCGAGGCCCUCUCACUGACGGUGUACGUUGGCGCCCCUGCAUCUCGCAGAAAGGGCAAGCGCUCUGCCAAAGCGCUUGACCUUGAGGAGACACCAACAAAGAAGCAACGUCCUGAAGAGGGCCCCGGCCAGACGUCUGCUGUUCCGCAGCAACCCUUGGACUUGCCCACUGGCUACGUGCCAAAUGUGGUCAUAGUCCAUCCACCCGGGCACGACAACCAGCAACAGUUGGAAGUGCGAGGUCGGAAACAAAAGAAAAGGAAGGCCGCCGCUGAGGCGAAGACACUCACCGAAACAGACUACCCGCCCCCUCCAAAGAUCGUUUUCUUCGAACCUGUGUUGAACACGGUCGAACCGUCUUCGGAGCCGGAGAAGGCAAUUCAGAACCCCUUCGACGGAUCAGGGACACACCUUGGAAAACCCGCCCCGGAAUUUCCGGGAUUCAAAGCGGGCGAACAAGGUGUCCCAACGGUGAGCGGUGACAGCCUCAACACCAGCAACCUCUCGUCAGUGGUUGCGAAAUGUAAAGGUUGUCACCACGUCUUUUGGGGACAGAAGAUCCGCAAAAUUCGUAAGCGGCAUCGAUGCCCCCCAGCCCGGCCCGACUCAGCCAAGCCGAGGGAAGCACUACGGACCAGUCCAGAACCCAAGGCGCAGGGCUCGUUGCCUGUGCUCGAGGGAGAUCAGACCGCUCCGGAAGCGGCUCCCCAGGCGAAAGCUGGGCCUGAAGAGGUCCUCGGGGAUGACUCCCAGCAACACCCACUCAGUGGGGCCGCUGGACAAAGAGGCACCCCCGUCCCUCACUCCGACAACCCGGCACAUCCAGCUGAAGCUGGGCCCGACGUGGACAUGAGGACCCUGCCUGUCGAUGAUCGGAAUAGCAGCCAGUCACACCGCGAGCCACUCCCGGAUACCCAAGGCCGGGAUUCCUUUGACCGCCUCAUUGACAUGAUGAUCGCCCUCUCAGAGAAGGUUCAGACAAUGUCUAACCAACUCGAGGAGGUGCGUCGUUCUGUUUCUGCUGGCGAGAGGGAGGUCGCUAAGCCAGCCACGGAGAAUCUGGGAGCCAUUCCCGACAUUCCCACGGCUAGCGAGGCAGCCUCGGCCGCGCAAAGUCCAUCCCUCCCUCCCACAAAAGGGGUGGACUCGGGUCACAAGACCAAGGGCAAAAAGCCGAAGCAGAAGAAGAAGAAGAAGAAGCCUAAGCCUCGGGCCUCUCCCUCACCUUCGACUGCUACGGCCCCUGCAGCACCUGCAGUGCCGACCUCGACUCCAAAGCCGUCGGGCGAAGCAUCCCCCCCUGCAGUGGCGCUGGUUCCAAAGUCACCGGGCCCCCGCCCCAAGGGGAGGGCAGCGUGGGGCGAGCUUGGACCUCGCGACAAGUCCCAAGCAGUGACGCGGAAGGCGGGCGCGGCCAAGCCACCAACCUUUGCUGCUUCGAGCUCGGAGGAUGCCUCUGCGCCAACCAAAGCGUCAAAGGACCCAUCAGCCGCACCUGCAAAAUCCGACUCCAGCGCUAUCAGUCAUGGGGGCCAAGCAAAACUCCCAAAGGGCCACCGGUGCACUUUCUGCAGCCGCUUGUUCCGCAGCCGCAAGGAGGUUGAGGACCACGCCAAGCGGAAAAAUGGGUGCGCAAACCGGGACGCGCAGCGGGAGGACCAGCUCCGAGACAGAAAGCGGACGGUCUCUUCAACACCGGAGGGCUGCGCAGCGGUAGCAGACGAGGCGGAAUACUGGGCCAACUUUGAGGCAAUAGACUGGUCACCCAUUCUUGGAGAGGAAGCGGCUAUGCUGCCUACCCUCCGCAAGGUGCCUUUCAAAUGCCGAGGGCUGGCCACCGCCUGUCUCCGUCCAAUUCUUGAGAAACUCCGACAGGAUGGGGACCAUAAGCCGGCCGGGACUCUGCUAGGGCUUUUUCCGCAGCUGUGCCUAUCAACAGCUGCGCUCUCGAACGACUCCCCUCACUGGAAGCAGGUGCGGGAGCUGCUGACCUUAUGGAGGCGCGGGGACUGGACCAAGUUACACCUGCGCGCCCUGGCGGCUAUCAACAAAAUGAAUAGCAGGGUUCGAGAGAACAAGGCCCGAGUGGACGACCGGUACGGCAGUGCGGAUACACUGGCGCGAACACGUCGCUGCAUCAAGUUCGGGGAGCUGGCUGAACUCUCACGAGCAGCAGAGGCGCUGAUUGCGGCAGACCUUGCCCCAACCACGGACGAGACUCGUAAGAGUCUGGAGGAGAAGCACCCCCGCCCCACGGUCCCCUUCACAGCAGAGGACGGCAGCUGCACCCUUCCUCACCCGGAGAAACCCACGAAGUGGGUCCUGAAGCAGGAAGUUCUCGCGCGGGCCCUUCGCGAGAGCCCUCGUGGCUCUGCAGGCGGUCCCACCGGCUGGCGCAUGGACUUCUUACGCGAACUCUUCACGCACCCCGGAGACCUCAAACUCCUGGGGGCAUGGCUUCAGGCAGCAGCAAGAGGGGAUGUGGGGCAGGGGGUGGCGCAGUGGUGGACCUCGAGUUCGCUAGUGGCUUUGGAGAAACCAGGUGGCGGUGUCCGCCCGAUCGCAGUGGGGGAAGUCUUCCCUCGCCUCCUGGCCCGGUGUCUCGCGGUCGACUACCAUGACGCCAUCAUCCGACACCUGAAGCCGAAAGGGCAGUUUGGGGCUGGUGCGCGGAACGGAGCGGAGACGGUUAUCCACGGGGUGCGCGCUGCAUUGAAGGCUAACCCCACCUGGGGCGUUCUUCAAAUCGAUGUUAAAAACGCUUUUAACUCAGUUUGUCGGCAGGCGCUCUUCAAGGAGUUGGUCAAGGGCCCAUUUGUGGGCAUGACCCCGUUUCUGCGAACCCUCUACGGGAGUCCCUCCCCACUCUUGUACAGAGCCGAUGCAACACGGCACACCUUGUGGUCGCGAACAGGAGUGAGGCAAGGGGAUCCUCUGGGGCCGUUUCUCUACGCACUAGCACAACAACCUGCUCUGGAGGCGGUGAAGGCGGCGCACCGAGACGUCUUCUUAUGCAGCUAUGCGGACGAUACGUACCUGCUGGGGGAGCUGGACGCGAUUGGAGCUGCUUUCCCUUCCCUUUGUAAGGAGCUUCAGGGGAUCGACUUGGAAGUCUCGCAGAAAAAGUGCCAGUGGUACGCGCCGAGUGGCAAGCGGCCGUCCGCCGACAACCCGCUCUGCGAGAUGACCGAGGCUGCGGAGGGCCUUGUGAUCCUGAACGACGACAGCUUACUCAACCCUGGCAAGGUUAACAAGGCAGCGCAGACGCAGAUCACUCUACCGGAACGGAUGGGUGGCUUCGGGGUCCAAUCAGCCGCGAGGACAGCUGACUUGGCGUAUGUGGUCAGCCUUCUUAGUGUCGCUGGGACCCUGAAGUCCUUCUUUCAGAUGGGAGGGAAGAGCAUUCUCGGAGUCGAGGACAGCGAGGCGCCUUUCCCGCCCAUCUUUGAGGAGGCUGAGUCGGCGCUGAAAAGGCUUCCAGAAAAAGUCCGCACGAAGCUGCCUACGUGGAAGACAGUCGGGGAGAGAGGGCUUGAACGCGGAACUUUCACGGUUUUGGCACGGGAGCUGCAGAUUGAGGCUUUGAACGGGAUCCGGAAGUCCCUUAACCGGCCCCGCCACAAGGCCCGAUUGACCAGUUUGCAGCUGCAGAACGCGGGCGCGUGGGUCUCGGCUCUACCGUCUCGACCGGACCUCCAGCUCGAAAGCGACGACUGGGCGAUUGCGGCGAACCUUCGGUUGGGUCGGGACAUCCCACACCUCAUUCAGGCGGGGACUUGCUCGUGCGGGAAGGACUUAUCCACUUGUAACGCGGCGGGGCAUGCUCUCAGGUGCUCCACCAAGUACGCGCCGUCUAUCCCCCACAAUGCCAUCCGGGACCAUGUGGCGAUGGUCUGCAGGGAGGCGGGCAUGCAGACGACGAUGGAGGAUAAGGCUUUUUUCGGUGGGAAGCCGAUCCCGGAUGUCGUGAGUCUCCACACGGACAGCGGGAAGACCUGGGUGAUGGAUGUGGUCAUCGCGGAUCCGCACGAUAACAAUGCCAACUGCCCGGAGACCAAGCCAGGAGCGGCCCUCAAUGAAGCCGUUCGUCGGAAGAAGGUGACCUACAAGGAGGCGGUGACGAAAGGAGGGAAGCGGAUGGAGAAGACCACCAAAGUGAUUCCGUUGGCUACGGAGAUCUAUGGGGGUUGGUCCAACAGCUUCUCCGACUGCGUAAAGGACAUUGCAGCAACCACUUCGAAGCGGCUUGGCAGACAGUCGGGGCAAACCACCGACCUCAAAUCUCUCAUCUGCCGGAGCAUCGCUCAACGCAUUGGAGUGACGCAGCAACGUUCUCAAGCGGUCAUGAUUCGGCACAGGUUGCGCGCAGCAGUGGAGGCCAAGGGAGAAACGAUGUACCAAGACGCAGGGAGGACUUUUGACUGGAUGGGCUCUCAGCCACCCGCUCCCUGCGACAUUGUGGUAGGAAGGGUAGAUUUCUGA